AACUGUCAUUGUAGGUUAGUUGGGUCGAACUGUCAUUUGACAGAUGUUGGGUAUUGUCCAACCCGAAAGCAUGAAAUAUUGUAUACACUUGUAAAUAAACUCUCACUCUAUUAUCUGAACUCGAACCAUCCAGACGUGUGUUUCCAAUAGGUUAUGGGCCCAGACCCAACGCAGUAAAACAAAAUGGCUACUAGUUCUGCAAAUAAUUUACCGUCGAUUGAAAGGCUUGUUGGUCGCGAAAAUUGGCCAACGUGGAAGUUUGCUGUAGAAACUUUCCUUGAGCUGGAGGACCUGUGGCAGGCGGUAAAACCGGAAGAUGAGACGAAAGUGGACAAGCAGAAGUGCUGGAAAGCGAGAGCAAAAAUUAUUUUGCUGUUGGACCCGAUCAAUUACGUCCAUGUUAAAGAUGCGGAAACUGCGCGGGACGUGUGGAAGAAGCUGGAAGCAGCGUUCGAGGAUACGGGACUAACGCGUCGUGUAGGACUUCUAAGGAAACUCAUCAACACAACGUUAGCAUCGUGUGCGUCUAUGGAAAGUUUCGUGAACGACAUAGUGGGUACAGCACACCAGUUGCGUGGUAUUGGUUUCGACAUCAGUGAAGAGUGGAUCGGCACGUUACUUCUCGCCGGGUUACCUGAUGAAUACAAGCCGAUGAUCAUGGCGCUAGAAAAUUCUGGAACGGCGAUAACUGGCGAUAUCAUAAAAGCUAAGUUGCUGCAGGAAUACAAAUCGAGUGCGUCAUCUGAAAAGGCGGUCUUUCUUGGAACGACGAAGCAUCAAUGGCAGCCGAGAAAUCAACAAGGUGCACCAUCGAAGCAGACAAAGGGACCGAAGUGCAGGCGUUGCGGUAAGUUCGGCCAUAUUGCCCGAAACUGUACAUUGAAUGCGUCUUCGUUAAGCAUGGUGCUGGGAACAGUGGGAACAAUGAGUGGUGCGAAUAACGAUGCGUGGUACUUUGAUUCAGGUGCGUCUGAACAUUUCACGAACAAUCGUAAUUUGUUAGAAAACGAGUGUGCGGCAAGUGGUACUGUAAGAGCAGCGGAUAAACAAGCGAUGGAAGUUAUUGCGAAAGGCUCUAUCAGGUUUAACACAAAAUGCAUUCCAAAGGGCACAACGGUUAACGUAGAAAAUGUGAAGUAUGUCCCGGGAAUAUCAAACAAUUUAUUAUCGAUUAGCCAAAUAGUUCGACAGGGCAAAGAAGUUUAUUUUACCAACAAAGGCGUAAAAGUGAUUGGACCAAACGGCAUUUUUAUUGCGACCGGCAGUCACGACCGCUACGCAGUUAAAGAAAAGCUGAAACAAUCGGGUAUAAGUGGAGACAGUGUCAUGAUCGAAGAGAAACCAACAAGCAGUGGUACAAAGCAGAACAUCGCACAGAGUGAACAACGCACCACAAUGGCAAAAUUCGAUAUGGAACCUUUUAACAAAGGGCUCAUGCAAUGGGCCCGCUGGGUGAAACGCUUCGAAGGAGCAAUGUCGGUAUUUGAGGUUAAAUCGAAUAAUAAAAAAGCCAUGCUUCUGCAUUACAUGGGUGUUGAUUCAUACAAUUUAUUGUGUGAUCAUAUUUCUCCGGAAGAACCAGAAGACAAAACAUACGAACAAAUAGUGAAGUGUUUGGAUGAGCUGUUCGACCCGAAACCCCUCGAAAUGGUGGAACUAUGGAAGUUUCGUCAACGACUACAGACUGAAGGCGAAACUGUAACGGAGUUCAUCACGGCUUUGCAAAAAGUGGCGGCUAAUUGUGAUUUCGGGCAAUAUUUGACAAAGGCGCUCAGGAACCAGCUAGUUUUUGGUGUACGGAAUCCAAGAAUACGCAACCGGCAAAUUGAAGAAAGAAAUCUAACACUGGAAAAAGCUAAGCAAAUUGCUUUAGCCAUGGAAGCCGCCGGAGAUGGCGCUGAAGUGCUGAAUAGCAGAAGUGCUGAAGUGCUGAAUAGCAGAGGUGCUGAAGUGAAAGAAGUAAACAUCGUGAGCAACACAACGAAGAAAAACGUCGAGUGUUAUAGAUGUGGAGAAUCACAUUUUGCAUAUGUAUGCAAGCACAAAAGAACCGUCUGCAAAAAGUGCGGGAAAAUUGGACAUUUGCAGCGCGUCUGUCGCACGAACAAUAGAAGCAAAAGUGUGAGGUUAAUUGACGAACAACAUCAAGACAGCGAGGAGAACGAAGAGGUAAACUCAAUUUUGAUCAACAAUUUAUACCAAAUGCAAACCAUACCGCAAAAAUAUACAUAA